CGGUCACUCCCUGUGUCGGUAGAAAACCCCGCACCGCACGCGCGGCACGCACCUUCAGAUAAGAGCGCAUUGCUGAGACGCAGACGCAGAUCUGAGUGGAUGAUCAUGGCGGUGCCGGGCCCGCUGAGCCCGCGGGAGGGCACGGUGACCAAGAACCUGAGCCUGGAGUCACUACAGCUCUGCGAGAGAGACGGUAAGGCGGAGGAGAGCGGCGUGGUGGAGAUGGAGCUCCCUGUCCCUGUAAACAUUCGGAUCAGCAACAUCACCUGCGACUCGUUUAAGAUCUGCUGGGACAUGGACCCUCGGACCAAAGAGAAGAUCACACACUACUUCAUCGACCUGAACAAGAAAGAGAACAAGAACUCCAACAAGUUCAAACACAAGGAUGUACCCACUAAACUGGUUGCCAAGGCCGUGCCGUUGCCGAUGACAGUGCGAGGCCACUGGUUCCUGAGCCCAAGAACUGAGUACACGGUUGCCGUGCAAACAGCGGCCAAGCAGGGCGAUGGGGACUACACUGUGUCUGAAUGGAGCGAUAUUGUGGAGUUCUGCACUGCAGAUUACUCCCCUGUGCAUCUGAAUCAGCUGCUUCAGAAGGCUGAGGUCAUCGUUGGCAGGAUGCUCCCUUUCUCCGUCUUCUACCGCAAUCAGAACCAGGAGUACUUUGACUACUGCAGGGAUGUGCAAGGUGGCCGGAUGCUCCCCUCGGUGAAAGACAACAGCGGAAGUCACGGCUCUCCACUAAGCGGCAAAGUUGAGGGCAUCUUCUUCAGCUGCAAUACGGAGUUUAACACAGGUGAGCCGCCGCAGGACUCUCCGUACGGUCGCUACCGCUUCCAAAUAAGCGCUGAUGAGUUGUUUGGACCCAACACGCGCGUCUACUUCGGUGACUUUUACUGCAUGUACACGGCGUACCACUACGUGAUCCUGGUGCUGGCGCCACGUGGCUCUCCUGGGGACAUCUACUGCAGUGAGAGGCUGCCUGAGCUCGACGUCACCAACAACCGCUUCCUGACCCGCACAUGCGGUGAAGAUGGGCGUGUGGAGUUCCGCCAUGCGCAGGAUGUCAUUCUUGAGAUAAUCUAUACAGAUCCUGUAGAGCUGAACCGCGGCACCGUGGCCCAGAUCAGCGGCCAUCAGCUCAUGAGCAUGUCCACCAUCAACGCCAAGAAGGACCCGAGCUGCAAGACGUGCAACAUCAGCGUGGGACGCUAAUGCUCAGCUGGGACUUACUAUCCAACUGUGUCCAAUAGGAAGAACUCCUAUAUGAGCAUGUAUGCUAACUACCCAAUCCUCUGACAACACCUCAAGACCUGCAAACAUUAGCGUGGGAUGCUAAAACUUGUGUACAAACCGCUAACUAAUAUUUACACGAACUGAGCUGUCUCUAAAUCAUCAGAUUUUAAAAACUCUGAUAGCUACACCCACCGUGCCAUCCUAAAACAUCAGCAUGGGGUGCCAAGACUUACUGUACACACAAGCUCAGUCUGAACUUGCUAAGCAACAGUGUGUAGAUGCAUAAAAACGCUUCAAGAAGACCGCUAGAUGACUCCAAGAAGAGUUUCUACUGUGUGCGCGCGCAUGUGUGUGUGUGUUUGUGUGUGCUUAGAUCUCACUAUCCUGGACCUGCAUCAUCAGCACAUGAAGCUUAAUCUGGCUAACAUGCAAAACAUAAACUCCAGUAACCAAUCCUUCGAUCCUACACCAGAAACAAAAGAAAAAACUUGGCUUCAAAAAAAUUCAAAAAGAAAAGCAAAAAGUACCUUAUUCUCUACAUGACUGAAGAGACGUUUCCUGUCCUCACUGCUGUAAACUUUUGGAUAUUACAGUACAAACAGAGAAAUGUUCCUGCAUUCGCAGUGUGUAAGACCGUCAAAGGCAAGAAUUCUAUCAUGAUUUCUUAUACUAAAAAAAAAGAAAACUCUUCUCCUCAAAAUUUACUUAUAAUGGAAGUCUCAGAGCAGCAGGUAUAGGGGAGUAAACAAAUAGCGGAUUGUGAAUUUAACUAAUUAAAAAUAAAUUAUCUGAUAAGGUUUGUUUUGCAUAACUGCGACAACCCUAAUCGCAAACCCUUAAGCUCUAAUCGAGCGUUAGCUUAGCUCUCCUGAUACUCCUUAGAUUGUUGCUAAUAUCUUAUCUGAACAGUCAGGUCUCCGCCAUAAGUUUCCUGAACAGCGGGUUGACCCGGCUUGCUUACAAACCACUUUCUCAAUACUGCCCCUGUUUGUUCAUCCUAAUUCAGUAAUCAGGUUUUUUGCUCUUCAGUACAAAGAACCAAGUGAGACAUUUCUUGCCUAUGUAAUCUCACACAUGCUGCACGUGCUAAAAAAGCUAGAGUCCACCUUUCUACAAAAACAAAGAAAGGUCCCAGUUUCCAUUUACACCUGAAUGCUGCUGAGGAUUUUGAUAAAGAUGGAAAAACAACUGGCGGUGAUGACUACUUCAGGGCUAAGCUUAUAUUUGGAAGAUCUGAACCAUGGUCUAAACUUGUCAUGCAGGACACUCUUCAUCCAGAAAAUCAUCCAUGUAUGCUAACAUCUGACAAGAAAACAUCUCGGAAGAGAUCACAGACACAUCCUUAAUUUCAAGCCCCAAUUCAUCGGCUGACUUUUUAGGGACUAGUUUUGUUUAGUUUUUUUACACAGAGCUCUCAUCACAGUUUUCCUUUAAGAAAAGUCUUUGCUUUCAAUUUGGUUUCUUAUGGUGGUGUUUUCUUUUCCAGAAAG